AUGAAGUCCUCAAAGAAUUCUACGGGGGCAGUAAAUAACGUCUCUGCGAAUAAGAUUGCAAAUGGUUUUCCUGAUUUUCAUCACAAGAUGAGCAAGAAGAUUGCUCAACUUACAAAGGUGAUUUAUCAUUUGAACACAAAAAAUGAUGAUCAUGAAUUUCAAUUAAACUCUUUGGCGGACGCUUAUGAGUCCGAGAUUGAAGAUAUAAUCAGAGACACCACAGCCAAACUGGCCAUGUUUCGGGAACAAAUUGAAAAAAAGAAUAAUGACACUAAAAUUACGGACAUUGUAAAGACACUCACCUCAAAACACAAUCAAGAACGACAAAAGGCUAUGGACGAGUUUGAAGAGUUCAAACGAAAAGCAAAAGAACGAGAGGAAAUUCUGAAACGAGAAUAUGAAGAAAAAGUCAAAGAUCUUACAAGGACACUGCAGAAUGUCAAGGAAGAGUUCAAUCAACGACUCGUUCGAUUUACAACUCUUACUGACGAACUAGAAAAGAACAAAAAUAAGGGUGACGCCGAUAUGAGACUACAACAUAACAAAGAAGUGGAGGAAUUAGUGCACACCUACAACAAAAGUAUAAUGAUAUGCUAA